AGGGGCCGCAGGCACUUCCCUCCUGUCCCCCCCAACCCCCGCUCGGCAACCGCGUCUCCAGGGCUCCCAGCAACUGGCUGGAAGGGCUUCCCUCACCCUCAGGAACAGCCCGCCAGCGAGGAAAGGCGAGCCAGGCGGGAGGCAAAGAGGAGACACCGCAUUUCUAAGAGGCAAGAAAGGAAGGAAGGGAGGAAAAAAAAAAAAAAAAAAACAACCCAAGCGGCUCAGAGUGGACUCUGGUCCGGGAGAGAACGAUCGGGCGCCGGAACGUGGACCGAGAAGCACCGGAAUGCAAACAAAGCUCGCGGGCGCCUGUGCAGGGCUCGCGGGGAAGCCCAGAAAGUUUGUUUUAUGAUGGCUUGAGUGCGCGAGUGUGUGCAGGGGAGCGAGGCUGCCAAGUUUCUCUCUCCCGUUGCGUUAUUUUGGGGGAGAUGUCUCUCCCAUGAACCAGCGGGGGCUUGGGGACUUGUGCUGUGGGGGGCACCUGUCUCUCAUUGCAUUAUUAUUUUUUGUGUUGGGGGGGAGGAGGGGUGUAACCCAUCAUGUCGAGAGUGAUCCAGAAGAAGAACCACUGGACUAGCAAGGUUCACGAAUGCACCGUGAAGCGGGGACCCCAGGGUGAGCUGGGGGUGACGGUGCUGGGGGGCGCGGAGAAUGGGGAGUUUCCGUAUGUUGGAGCGGUGGCCGCGGCCGAAGCGGCGGGGCUUCCCGGCGGCGGCGAGGGCCCUCGGCUGGGCGAAGGGGAGCUGCUUCUGGAGGUGCAGGGGAUCCGGGUGUCCGGCUUGCCCCGCUAUGACGUGCUGGGAGUCAUCAACAGCUGCAAGGAGGCCGUCACCUUCAAAGCCGUCAGACAAGGAGGAAAGCUGAACAAGGACCUGCGACAUUUCCUCAAUCAACGGUUCCAGAAAGGGUCUCCUGAUCAUGAGCUCCAACAGACCAUAAGGGAUAACCUUUACCGCCAUGCUGUGCCUUGCACAACCCGAUCUCCCAGAGAAGGAGAAGUGCCUGGCGUGGACUAUAACUUUCUGACUGUGAAGGAAUUCUUGGACCUCGAGCAGAGCGGGACCCUUCUGGAAGUCGGCACCUAUGAAGGAAACUAUUAUGGGACACCCAAACCUCCUAGCCAGCCAGUCAGUGGGAAAGUGAUCACGACGGAUGCCUUGCAAAGCCUUCAGUCUGGCUCCAAGCAGUCAACCCCAAAGCGAACCAAGUCCUACAAUGAUAUGCAAAAUGCUGGCAUAGUCCAUGCGGAGAACGAGGAGGAGGAUGACGUUCCUGAAAUGAACAGUAGCUUUACAGCCGAUUCUGGUGACCAAGAAGAGCACACUCUCCAAGAAACAGCACUACCACCUGUGAAUAGUGGCAUCGUUGCUGCUCCCAUCACGGACGCUUCUCAGAAGUUCCCUCAAUACCUACCUCUUUGUGCAGAGGAUAAUUUAGGUCCUCUACCCGAGAACUGGGAGAUGGCCUACACCGAAAAUGGAGAAGUCUAUUUUAUAGACCAUAACACAAAGACAACAUCCUGGUUAGACCCUCGGUGCCUGAACAAGCAGCAGAAGCCUCUGGAAGAGUGUGAAGAUGAUGAAGGGGUCCACACCGAGGAGCUGGACAGUGAACUAGAGCUGCCUGCUGGUUGGGAAAAGAUUGAAGACCCUGUCUAUGGUAUCUACUAUGUAGACCACAUCAACAGGAAGACACAGUAUGAGAACCCGGUUCUAGAAGCCAAACGGAAGAAGCAGCUGGAGCAGCAGCAGCCGCCGCAGCCGCCCCAGCAGCCCCAGCAGCCCCAGCAGCCCCAACAGCCACCGCAGCCGCAGCCAGAAGAAUGGACAGAAGAUCAUUCAUCGCUUGUGCCUCCUGUCAUUCCAAACCACCCUCCAAGCAAUCCGGAGCCCGCCAGAGAAGCUCCACUUCAGGGCAAACCCUUUUUUACACGAAACCCUUCUGAGUUGAAAGGCAAGUUCAUUCACACGAAGCUGCGGAAAAGCAGUCGUGGGUUUGGCUUCACGGUCGUGGGAGGGGAUGAACCUGAUGAGUUUCUGCAGAUCAAGAGCUUGGUCCUGGAUGGUCCUGCCGCCCUGGAUGGCAAGAUGGAAACAGGAGAUGUCAUUGUCAGUGUGAAUGACACCUGUGUCUUGGGACACACACAUGCACAAGUUGUGAAAAUCUUCCAGUCCAUUCCCAUCGGUGCCAGCGUGGACCUCGAACUCUGCCGAGGUUACCCAUUGCCUUUUGACCCAGAUGACCCCAAUACGAGUUUAGUGACCUCGGUGGCCAUUUUGGAUAAAGAACCAAUUAUUGUGAAUGGGCAGGAGACCUAUGAUUCGCCAGCUAGUCACAGCAGUAAAACAGGCAAAGUCAAUGGCCUGAAGGACGCCAGGCCCAGCAGCCCUGCUGACAUGGCUUCAAAUGGUUCCCAUGGUUACCCCAAUGACACCGUCUCUUUGGCUUCCUCCAUAGCCACUCAGCCGGAACUCAUAACUGUUCAUAUAGUCAAAGGGCCAAUGGGCUUUGGCUUUACUAUCGCAGACAGCCCUGGUGGCGGGGGCCAAAGAGUGAAACAGAUUGUGGACAGUCCACGGUGCCGAGGCCUGAAAGAAGGGGAUCUUAUAGUGGAAGUUAAUAAGAAGAAUGUGCAGGCUCUGACCCACAACCAAGUCGUGGAUAUGCUGAUCGAAUGUCCAAAGGGAAGUGAGGUCACGUUGUUGGUGCAACGAGGAGGGUUGCCAGUUCCCAAGAAGAGCCCAAAGUCGCAACCACUGGAAAGAAAAGACAGCCAGAACAGUUCUCAGCACAGCGUCUCCUGCCACCGGAGCCUGCACACGGCCUCCCCAGGCCACAGCACCCAGGUGCUCCCCGAGUUCCCGCCUGCAGAGGCCCCCACUCCAGAUCAAAUCGACAGCUCUGGGCAGAAGAAACCAGAUCCUUUUAAAAUCUGGGCCCAGUCCAGGAGCAUGUAUGAAAACCGACUUCCGGACUACCAAGAACAGGACAUCUUCCUGUGGAGAAAAGAGACUGGAUUUGGAUUUAGGAUUCUGGGUGGAAAUGAACCAGGGGAACCUAUUUAUAUCGGUCACAUCGUACCGCUGGGUGCUGCCGAUACAGACGGCCGUCUGAGGUCUGGAGAUGAAUUAAUCUGUGUGGAUGGGACACCGGUAAUUGGAAAAUCACACCAGCUUGUGGUCCAGCUUAUGCAACAAGCUGCCAAGCAAGGCCACGUCAACCUCACGGUGCGGCGUAAAGUGGUGUUUGCAGCCCCCAAAGCCGAGAACGAGGUGCCCUCGCCGGCCUCCUCCCAUCACAGCAGCAACCAGCCCGCGUCGCUGACGGAGGAGAAGCGCACCCCGCAGGGCAGCCAGAACUCCCUGAACACGGUGAGCUCCGGCAGCGGGAGCACCAGCGGCAUCGGCAGCGGCGGCGGCGGGGGCAGCGGCGUGGUCAGCACGGCCGUGCAGCCCUACGACGUGGAGAUCCGGCGCGGCGAGAACGAGGGCUUCGGCUUCGUCAUCGUGUCCUCGGUGAGCAGGCCCGAGGCCGGCACGACUUUCGGCAAUGCAUGUGUGGCUAUGCCUCACAAAAUAGGUCGGAUUAUUGAGGGGAGUCCUGCAGACCGAUGUGGCAAGCUGAAAGUGGGAGACCGGAUCCUGGCAGUGAAUGGAUGUUCCAUCACCAACAAGUCCCAUUCAGACAUUGUCAACCUAAUCAAGGAAGCAGGAAACACAGUUACCCUCCGCAUCAUUCCCGGGGAUGAGUCUUCAAAUGCCACUUUGCUGACCAAUGCAGAGAAGAUUGCCACCAUCACCACUACACACACCCCUUCUCAGCAAGGGGCCCAGGAGACCAGGAAUACCACCAAACCAAAGCCGGAAUCUCAGUUUGAGUUCAAAGCACCCCAGGCAACACAGGAGCAAGAUUUUUACACUGUGGAACUGGAAAGAGGAGCCAAGGGAUUUGGCUUCAGUCUUCGAGGGGGCCGAGAGUAUAACAUGGACCUCUAUGUCCUGCGCUUAGCAGAGGAUGGUCCAGCAGAAAGGUGUGGAAAGAUGAGGAUUGGUGAUGAAAUUUUAGAGAUCAAUGGCGAGACCACCAAAAACAUGAAGCAUUCUCGGGCUAUAGAACUGAUUAAGAAUGGCGGCCGCAGGGUCCGUCUGUUUCUGAAGCGGGGAGACGGCUCGGUACCAGAAUAUGACCCCAGCAGCGACCGGCACGGCCCCGCCGCCGCCCGUGCACAAGGUGUUUCGGAAGUGAGGGCAGCGCCCCCCGACCGCCGACAGCAUCCAUCAUUGGAGUCCAGUUACCCACCCGAUCUUCACAAAUCAUCACAGCAUGGGGAAAAGCGGGCACACGGGAAAGACCCAAAAGGCAGCAGAGAGUAUAGCAGACAACCCAAUGAGCAUCACACAUGGAAUGGAACUUCUAGAAAACCCGACAGUGGGGCUUGCAGACCCAAGGACAGGGCACCAGAGGGACGGAGAGAGGCGCCCCCAGAGCGGAUGGUGACCAACGGCCCCAAGAGGAGGCCCCCGGAGAAGCGCCGAGAAGGCACCCGUAGCGCAGACACCACUUUGGAGAGGAGGGAGAAGCACGAAAAGAGACGAGAGCUUUCUCCGGAGCGGAGACGCGAGCGCUCGCCCACCUGCAGAAGGGACAGCUCACCCAACCAUCGCAGGAGGUCCCUGGAGAGACUCUUGGAUCAGAAACGGUCCCCAGAGCGCAGGAGGGGGAGCUCGCCAGAGCGGAGGGCCAAGUCCACCGACCGCCGUCGGGCGCGGUCCCCUGAGCGCAGGCGCGAGCGGUCCUUGGAGAAGAGGAACAAGGAGGACAGAGUCAGCCACCGAGAAAGGGAAGAGCCCAGUGUGAAACAGGAUGCCGGCCGAAGCUCCAGACAUGCCCCAGAGCAGAGAAGGCGACCUUACAAAGAAUGUAGCACCGACCUCAGUAUCUGAGACGCUGAGGCACAUUCCAACCUUUACCGUGUCAAAGGUUCUAAGAGGAGGGUCACAAACCUGAAAUAAUUUAGUUUCUUACCUGGUGAAGCGUCUAAUACCCGAUGAUCCUAUGAAGAGCAACAAACAUUUUAUGCAUUUGAAAUCUUCUAAGAAAAUAUAUAUAUAUAUGAAAAGUGUUGUGCCUGAUGUAUAAUAUUAAAGAAAGUAUUUUUAAAUGCAUACUUUUUUGGAAAUUAUUUGCCAAAUGCUGCC